ACUGCGUGAAACUGUCAUGAAUGAUUCAAAUAAAAUAACAAAUUCAUCUGCAACAAUAUCAACAAUUGUUAACAUCCUAAAUAACAUUGCAAAUGUUUCCAGUAAUGUCAGUGAAACUGUCAUUAAGGAUGUACUAAACACAGUUGAUCUCAUCAUUGGUGAUAAUGUGAAACAUUCUUGGGAAUUUCUGAAUGGAAAAAACAACAAUGCCAGCUCACAAUUACUAGGUUCACUGGAAACACUCACCAGUGGACUGGGUGAUAUAUUUUCCAUAGAGACUCACUCGAUCAUACUCAACAGAACCACAUUCAAUAACUCAUUCAAUAACAAUCUGAAUUCCGACCUUUCCAUAGAAAUUCCAAAUACCAACAUUUUCAAUGUCUUUAUUACUACAGUGACUUUUCCUACCCUUUAUUAUGUUAUGCCAACAAGGAACUCCACUUUUGACAUCAGUGUCAUCAACAACAAUAACACCAACGGCAAUGGAGCAGUUGAAAUUAACAAUGUAAUCAAUGCUGUUGUGGUGCUUGUCAAAAUAAACGCAACCAUUCCAAAUGUUACUCUGAGCUACAGAAAGCUAAACAGCUCUCUGUCACAAAACCCACAAUGUGUCUUCUGGAAUUUCACUCUUUUUAAUGAUCUUGGUGCUUGGGAUGACAAAGGGUGUACAUUUGUUUCUGAUGAAAAUGACAAAGUAACCUGCCACUGUAACCACUUGACAUCAUUCUCAAUCCUGAUGUCAACUGACAUCCCUCUACAAUUUGUAAAAGUGUUAGAUGUAAUAACUUAUAUUGGUGUAGGGAUAUCUUUGGCAAGUUUAGUUAUAUGUCUCAUGAUUGAAGGAUGUGUUUGGAAAGCCAUUACCAGAAACAGUACUGCAUUAAUGCGUCAUGUUUCCAUCAUUAACACUGCCCUUUCUCUGCUCAUUGCGGACAUCUGUUUCAUCAUUGGUGCCGCUAUUUCUAAGAACCCCAGUGAAAACCCUGAAAAGAACUAUAAAAUUCCAGUUGGACCAUGUACCACAGCAACAUUCUUCAUGCACUUUUUCUACCUAGCUCUGUUCUUCUGGAUGCUUGUCUCAGCCCUUCUUCUCUUCUACCGGACAGUUAUGAUCUUCUCCCAUAUGCCUAAGUCAACCAUGCUGGCCAUUGGCUUCAGCAUAGGCUAUGGCUGCCCUUUGAUUAUAGCUGUGAUUACUGUUGCUGUCACAGCUUCUGGAAAUGGAUACAUAAGGGAAAAUGAAACUUGUUGGCUUAACUGGAACACGACAAAGACCCUGCUUGCUUUUGUGAUACCUGCUCUGACCAUAGUUGUUAUCAACAUUUUGAUAGUCAUUGUGGUCUUGUUCAGGAUAAUGAGAACAGGUGUCGGAGAUACUUCCCAAAGAGAUGAAAAGCAUACCUUGGUUGUCAUUAUAAGAUGUGUGGCUAUUUUGACUCCUUUAUUUGGACUAACUUGGUCCUUGGGAGUAGGAACUAUGCUAUCUCCAACAACUCUAGGAAUCCACAUUGCCUUUGCAUUUUUCAAUUCACUACAGGGUUUCUUCAUUUUAGUGUUUGGGACACUAUUUGAUUCAAAGAUUCGUGCUAUCCUCUCAGGGCAAGUGGCUACACCAAACACUAGCUCUAAUAUAACAAGGAUCACAAGUCAUGACAUUUCUACUUUCAGAGGAAUGGAUUUAAUAAAUUGGCUCAGAGGGAGACAAUACAUAUACCACGUUUCAGAGGCUGUAAACUCAAGCCAUAGUGCUGCAUGUGAGUCAUUCAUGCAUGUCUGAAUGGUUGCAAUUAAUGGAUUCCUUUGUGUUAAAACUAGUAUAGCCCAGCACUGAGAAAGCAAGUAUAAUUCGUCCGAUACGUAAAGUUCAGUUGCAUGAUACUAUAAAUAAGACUUUGAAACAGUUUCAUUAGGAGUUUGCACUUGUUACUUCUUGUAGCAGUUUUUACAGCAUUUAGCAUCAGUAAAGGUGCACAAGCAUCACAGCAGGUACUAAGCAGCUUCUAUGAAAUUGUAUUCUAUAUUAUACACUCUGUUGUAAAAUGUUUCCAGUUGUCAUUUUAAUUGCAUUAUGUUAUUUUCUCAUUAAAAACUUGCCAUCAAUGCCUCUA